AUGGCCGACGAUGGAAUGUUAAUGAAUUUUGAAAUUGGGGAGGCACCUUUGAUUGCGAAACAAUCAUUCAAAGGAGGACGUUGGAAGGAUCGAUUGGCUGCGAAGAAAACUGCACAGCACCGAAUUACCAAGAGCACGACUACACCCUCGACAAGAGAGAUAUUCUCCGAACGUCAACAUGAUACUGGUGCGGAAGACUACAUUGGUCAAGGAACUUCAGCGAGGGCUCCAAAGAGACAACGAGUCGAUGACACUUACGAACCCAGCGGUGGGAGAAAUGAAGACAGAGCAGCCUAUGCCUCUGGGAAACUUCCUUCUGGCAGUAUAAAUGUUGGUGGAGGUAGGAAAACUACAUUUCAAGAUGAUACUAGAAAUGCAUUUGUUGCUGGGAAGUUGCCACCUGGUAGUAUCAAUAUUGGCGUGAAGAAGGCGACCCCAAUUCAGGAAGAAACCCGGCCAGCUUUUGUUUCCGGAAAGUUGCCUUCAGGAAGUAUAAAUUCUGGUGCAAAGAAGGCCAUUUCCUUCCAAGACGAUACCAGACCGCCUUAUGUUUCUGGAAAGAUCCCACACGGUAGUAUCAGUAGCAUGCGCAAUCGUGAAAUGGCCGCCGUGCACCGCGAAAUUGCUGAAGGCGGAGGGAAGCCGGGUCAGGUCGUCUCGUCUCUAUUCACAUUCAAUCCUACUUCAAAGAAAACUUUUGAUGAAUCCGAGGAAGAGUUAGAGCCAGCGAAACCAUCCAAUGCGCCUUUGACAGAGGAAAUGGCGACAUUCACAAAUCUAGGACUAUCGAGGAGACUUGCAGCCCAUUUAUCUACAAAACUCGACAUGAAAGCUCCAACCGCAAUUCAAAAAGCAGCCGUCACGCAACUGAUAUCAGACGAUAGCGAUGCAUUUAUCCAAGCAGAGACUGGAUCUGGAAAAACAUUGGCAUAUCUACUACCUAUAGUUCAGCGAAUCCUAGCUUUGAGUGAUAACGGGGUACAAAUCCAUCGAGAUUCUGGACUUUUCGCCAUUAUUCUUUCACCUACGAGAGAAUUAUGUAAACAAAUCGCAGCGGUGCUGGAAAAGGUUUUACGGUGUGCGCCGUGGAUCGUUGGUACGACGGUCAAUGGAGGAGAAAGUAAACAAUCAGAAAAGGCCAGACUUCGAAAGGGGGUUAAUAUCCUUGUUGCAACACCAGGACGAUUGGCAGAUCAUCUUGAUAAUACGGAAGUGUUAAAUGUAGCUACCGUGAGAUGGCUAGUGUUGGAUGAAGGAGAUAGAUUGAUGGAACUUGGGUUCGAGGAAGAGAUCAGAGGUAUUGUUGAGAAAAUUGGUCGCAGAUCAGUGGCCAGGAGUAAUUCGGAAAUGAUGUCCCUUCCUAAGCGAAGAGUUACGAUUCUAUGCUCUGCUACUAUGAAGAUGAACGUUCAGCGUUUGGGAGAGAUCAGUUUAAAAGAUGCCAUGCACAUUCAAGCGGAUCCAACGGAACAAGAGAAACAAGACAAGGAAAACGGCAUUGAGGCCGAGGACAAGGCUUUCUCUGCUCCUACUCAAUUGAAGCAGUCAUAUGCUAUCGUUCCUGCGAAGCUUCGUCUUGUUACUCUGUCAGCUCUCUUGAAACGUGCCUUUGCACGAAAAGGAUCUGUGAUGAAGGCAAUUGUUUUCAUUUCUUGUGCUGACUCUGUCGACUUUCACUUCUCACUAUUCUCUCGACCCCCAAAGACUCCAGAUGAGACUGCCGACGACGAAAAGACCGAUCUCCCCAUACUCCCCAAGUCAGACCUCACCAAAGACACUAUUGCGCAUGGAAAUACGAUUUCAAACAACUCCAACCCGGUUAUUCUCCAUAAGCUUCACGGAUCUCUUGCACAAAACAUUAGAACUGCAACACUCAAGGCGUUUUCCGAAUCUACCGACCCUUGUGUUAUGAUAUGUACAGAUGUUGCAUCUCGAGGUCUUGAUCUUCCAAAUGUUGACUUUGUCAUCGAAUAUGAUCCACCUUUCAGCGCCGAAGACCAUCUACAUCGUGUUGGACGAACAGCCAGAGCUGGUCGUGAAGGUCGUGCUUUGAUCUUCCUUAUGCCUGGCACUGAGGAGGAUUAUGUAUCCAUUUUGGCAUCCGGUUACCGUGAAGGAAAGAAAGCUCUGACACAUCACACUGCUGAGGACUUGAUACAGAAGGGUUUCGGUGGUAUAGGUCGCGAAUGGGAGGAGAGAGCUACAAAUUUCCAACUUGAGGUUGAGCGAUGGAGUUUGGAUUCACCGAGAUAUCUCGAGAUGGCACGUCGUGGAUACCAAAGUCAUAUCAGAGCUUACGCCACUCAUGUCGCAAAUGAGAGACACAUAUUCAAUAUGCAAACAUUACAUUUAGGUCAUUUGGCCAAAGCAUUCGCAUUACGAGACAAACCUGGAAGCAUCAAGGUACCAGGAUUAAGACCAGCAAAGAUGACGAAAGCAGAUAGGAGUGUCGCGGCAAGAAAGGCAAAGAGAGGUGAGAAGGGAGAAGAGAAGGCUCCGGAAGGAGAAAGAGUACGGAAACAAAGGAGAAUGGAGAUGGACCUACCUCAUGUGGAUAGCAAUGAGGCUGCAGCGAGGAUGAAGAGGAAGAUGAAGGAGCAUAUGGCUAGUGCGACUGAGUUUAAUAUUGGUUGA